AUGAAUAAUAUGCAUCAACCCCAAGGGAUGAAUUCCUGGCACUCCAUGUACGCCGUCUCUGACCGGCAAAAGGUGGUCCAGAUCCUUUCUAACACCCUUCGUGACAUGCAGGGUGCUAACUACGACGCCCAGAGAGGUGCCACCAUUGCCCAGGAAUUCGAGAAAUACACCUUCAUGAAGUCGCAAAGCAGAGACGAGUACCUCAGGCUCAUCAAGCAGAAGAUCCAGCAGUUGAGGACAAACAUGAACAACAGAAACGGUGCACCCAUGCCUCAGCAGGCUCAGGGCCAAUCCCAGCAAAUGGCGCAACCACUUCAGCAACAGCAGCAACAGCAACAACAACACCAACCCCCGCAACAACAAUUACAGCUGAACAUGGUCAACGCUCGUGCAGGCUCUAUUCAGGGCCAAGCUGGUCCAAAUAUGUCUCAGAAUCAGCAGAAGAUGAAGCCUCAGAACAUGAACUUUCUUCAGCAACAGGCACAAGCAAGACAACAAUCCGCUGCUCAAAUCCAGGCGCAAAUGAGAAACAAUUACAUCCCUGGUAACCAGCAACAACCGCAACAGCAGCAGCAGCAGCAGCAGCAGCCACCUCAGGUACCACAACAGCAGCAGCAGCAGCAGCAGGCACCACAGCCGGUUUCCCAGCCUACUCAGACCAUGGAUGAUAACCUGUCCAACUUACAGACGACACACCAACAGAUUCAACAAAUUAGUAAUCUGAUCAGAAAUGCGCCUAUUCCCCCCGCUUUGUUGUCUAAAAUACCCAAUAUCCCUGCUGGAGUAACUACUUGGACUCAGGUUUUUGAUUGUUAUCAAAAGAAGAUUAUCCCUGCUUCUGCCAUGCCAUUAAUCAAGGAAAUUCACAACACACAUUUGCAGUUGGCCAUUCGCCAACAGCAUCAACAAAAGCUCAAUCAAAACCAACAACGUAUGGGUCAACAAAACCCUAAUGGCCCACAAAUUCCUCAGCAACAACCUCAGCAACAACAACCACCACAACAGCAGCAGCAGCAACAAACUCAGCAACAGCAGGGUAAUCCCAAUGUUCCACUUAAUCAACUGGUCAACUCAAAUAACAAUACCCCGGUGAUGAACAAUAUGGGAUUUAAUAUCAAUAACCUCACCCCGCAACAGAAGCAGCAGUUUUUGCAAAGACAAAUGCAACAAAGGAAUAGUAUGGCAGGCCAAAAUCCUCAGCAAAUGAUGCAACCUCAACAACAGACUCAGCAAUCUACGAUUCCUGUUCCCCAGCUGAUUCCACAACCACAGACCCAGCAAUCACAUCCCCAACAGUCCGGCAACCAGGCAGGCCAACCUAAACCACCAAAUUUCCAAAUUACUCAGCAGGAUAUAAUGAAGUAUAGUGCUGAUGCCAUGACUUUAUUGAGUAGAGUUCAGGGUAAUAGAGGAAUUCAAACUACAUUGGAUCAAACCCAGAAGGAAAGUUUUAUUAGGAAAUAUAUUCUCCAUCAGAAGACACAAUUGUGGAAGCAGCAAAAUGGUCUUGCCACAGCUAACAGUGGAAGUCCUGUGAUGAAUAAUCAAGCUAUGAAUCAAAAAAGACUCCUGCAGCCACAACCAAAUGGCUCCCAAAAUCAAAUGGGCCAGCAGAUUCCACAAUCUCUGCAAGUUCCAGGAAAUCAGCAAAUCCCCCAAUCACAAAUGCCAAAUCCUGUUCAGCAGCAGCUGCCAAUGAUGGGAAAUAUGAAUAUGGGCCAAACUCCCGCAAUGAAGUCACAGGUACAAAUGAAUACUUUGUCUUCUCCUUUGAUGGCACAAAGAGGCGGCCCUAUGAAUCAGAUGCAAAUGAAUAAUACCAAUGCAAUGAAUCCUAACGCAAAUUUUGCCAAUCAAACACAACCUCAAAACUCACAAAACCAACAAAAUCAACAAGGUCAGCAAAAUGAUCAGGCUAAUCGCUUGAAUGCCAGGAACUCUAUUGCGGCCAUCUUACCACAGUUGACUGAUGAUAUGAAGUUGAGGUUGAGGCAAUUACUUGAGGAAGUUUCGAGGAAUAAUGUGGUAUUGAAGGAUGUUACAUCUUUAUUGUCUGCCCAAGAGAAGACUAAGGUACGUGAGACUAUGGUGAAGAUUGCACAACAAUAUUCCAAUGUCGACAACAUAAUCAGCUACUUUUUUAUUCUCACAAAGAUUACUGAAGGGACUAAAAGGUUGAUUCAAAUGAAAUAUAUGACCAAGAAUAUUAUGGAAAAUCUUCAAAGGGGUAUUUACUUAGCUGGUCCUGAUUUGUUGGAAAAGUUACGUUCGCAAUAUCAGAAAUAUUUUGAUUAUGUGAAGGAACAAUUUAGUUUGAGAAGACAGCAAUUACAGAACCAACAGGGUCAAGGUAAUCAAGGCCAGCCUCAGAAUCAAGCGAAGCCAGUUGCACAGAACCAAGGUCAAAUUCCAAUGCCAGGCAAUCAACAAGCUCAAGUGAAUCUUGGUCCAAAUAAUGCAUGGCCAUCGGUUGCUCCUCCUAACCAGGGCAAUAACUUCCAACAAAGAAAUGCCAAUAGCAGUCCUAUGAUUCCGAACUCAAACGUUUCACCUUUGAUGGGUAAUCAAAUGUCACCAGCUGGUGGGCCACAUGCUGCACAAAAGCAACCUAAGCCCCCAGCACCACAAGCAAAGAAGACUCCAAAUCCACCUGCUAGACGCAAGGGUUCCAACAAGGGACCGGUUAAUGUCGGAAGCAUCCCUACUCCAGCUGGAACUGCAGCUUCGCCUGGUGCUUUGACCAAUGCAAUCAAAACUCCCAACAGUAUUGCUACCCCUCAAGUUGGCCAAACGCAGAGUAACAAAAACACACCAACUGGUCAAUCGCCAAACUAUACUAUUAAGAAUUCUGUUGCAGCACCCAUCCCAACGACUGAUGCAGACAUUUUUACGCAUAGUAAAGCGGACUCGAAGGCGGCCAAAAGAAGAGAACUUUCUAACUCUGAUCCUGAAAAGUUUUUCUAUGCUUCAUUGGCAAACUUGUUAGAAUUAGAUGAUUCACUUGCCGAGAUGAAGGAUAAAGCGGUCACGGUUACUGAAUCUACUACAACAUCACCAUUGAUCACCAACGGUAAGACAGCUAAGUCACCUUUAUCGCCAGCAUCCAAUUCCGGUGAGUGGACUUGUGAAAUUAGACCCGCGGCCAUAACUUCUGCUUUUAGACAAGUAGAUAGCAUUAGAGAGUUGGUGUCUACAGAUGUGAUUGAAAACUGUACCAAGAUGGCUGUGGAUGAAGCUUCUCAAUCAGCCAAGGAUUCCUCGAUCGGAAUCAAGAGGGACAUAGACAUGGUUGAUGAUAAUGACGACAUUGACAAUUUAUUCUCCGAAAAGAAACUUAAGGUGGAAGGUUCCGACCACGAUUUCAUGUAUGAACCAGUGGGUUUUGAUGAGUGGAAGGACUUUGUUGUGUCCAUCAUCCAAUAA